GCCUGAAUUCAAUACCCUGUUGACUGAAUACGAAAGUAAGAUGGAGAGAAAAUUGUACUGAAAACCCUGAAAGGGACGCACUGAUGAUCUGUACCGAAAACCCUGAAAGGGACGCACUGAAGAUCUGUACCGAAAACCCCGAAAGGGACGUACUGAAGAUCCUUAGUAUUCUCCUCUUUAUCUAUUAUUAAAAAAUCAGAUGCGAAAAGAAAACAUUAUAAUCAAAGUUGACAUUUUAUUAAAAUCAGUGUAUAAACUGAACUAAUCAGAGGCAUAACACAAAGGACAUAUACAGUGCCUAUUCAAUAUGGGAGCUUGCUGUGCAAAAAAAGAGCAAACAAAUGACCUAACAACGUUAGCUGUACCCGCACACACUCCAAAACUUCACAAAUCAUCACUGAGAGCCCUGUAUGACUACGAUGCGCGAGCUGACGACGAUUUGAGUUUUAAGAAGAAUGACCUUUUAAAUCUUUUAGAUGACAGUGAUCCUGAUUGGUGGUUUGUCAGUCAUGCCAACCCUAACGACAGCGCUACAAAGUUCGAGGGAUAUGUUCCCAGGAAUUGCGUAGCCAUGGAAGACUCACUGGAGUCUUAUGAAUGGUUUUGGGGAUGUAUAUCCAAAAACGAAUCGGAUCGGCUACUGCUCUCCCCAAGAAUUGAAAUGGGGUGCUUCUUAAUUAGGGAAAGUGGAACUAUAUCAGGAAACUACGUACUCUGUGUGAGAGAUUUUGAUGAUGCUAAGGGUGACAUAGUUAAACAAUACAAAAUACGCAAAAUGGACAAUAACCGAGGUUAUUACAUCGCGGCACGAAGAGUCAUGACCUCUCUACCAGAACUCAUCAAUCACUACUCAGGUCAGUCUGAUGGGUUGUGUCGACAAUUAUCGAAACCGUAUCCUAAACCUGUAAUUAUUCUGAACGAAGGAGCUUCGGAAAUCCCAAGAGAAUCACUUGAAUUCGGCAAAAAACUGGGAGAAGGGCAGUUUGGAGAAGUCUGGAGAGGAAAAUGGAACAAAACCACAGAUGUUGCCAUAAAGACACUGAAGCCAGGGACGAUGUCAAAAGAUGCUUUUCUGGAGGAAGCUAACAUUAUGAAACAGUGUAAGCAUGACAAACUCGUCCGUCUGUAUGCUUUUUGUACGGAGAUAGAACCCAUCUACAUUGUCACCGAGCUGAUGUCCAGGGGAAGUCUGCUCGACUUCCUCCGUGACGAUGAUGGACAGAACCUAAAAUUCCGACAGCUGUUGGAUAUUGCAGCUCAGAUUGCUAGCGGCAUGGCGUUUAUGGAAGAGAAGGAACUAAUCCACAGAGAUCUGGGUGCUAAGAAUGUCUUAGUUGAUGAUAAUUACAACAUUGUCAAGGUGGCAGAUUUUGGCUUGGCUCGGGUUAUUGAUGAUGAUGAAUACAAAACAAUGGAUGGUACAAAGUUCCCCAUUAAGUGGACAGCCCCAGAAGCUGUCUUGUAUGGUAGAUUCACCAUCAAAUCAGACGUCUGGUCGUUUGGAAUUCUUCUGGUAGAAAUUGUCACACAUGGUCAGGUCCCAUAUCCAGGUUUGUCUAAUCUAUGUUUAGCUUUAACACUCUUGAGUACUUCACACUGACCCUGUUAGUUUUGUGACAGAAGGCAACUGGAGUGUGUGCAUUUGUAUUGGAUGGCAUAAUUAAUCAAUUGCUUAUGUGUAGGUAAUCUUGAUUAAAUACAUGUAGUAAUGAUUAAUGUCAUAACACGUGUACUGUACAUAAUGUACUUUCAUUUCCCAUUUGUCCUAUGGGGAACCAGGUUAGAAUAGGUCCACAGUAACCCUUGCUUGUCGUAAAAGGCGACUAAAUGGGACGGUUCAUCUGAUGAGACCGCAAAAUCCGAGGUCCCAUGUCACAGCAGGUGUGGCACGAUAAACAUCCCUCCCUGCUCAAAGGCCGUGAGCGCCGAGCAUAAGCCUAAACGGAGCCCUUCGCCGGCAAUGGUGACUUCUCCAUAUGUGUGAAAUAUUCUCGAGAGGGACUUUAACAAUAUACAAUCAAUUAAUAAUUUUCCAUUUUAUAUGUAAACAACAGUUUAUUAUUGAUCACUAUCUCAAAUUGUGCAGUGUUUUCAAUAUUUGCAUGCCUAAAGUUAAAUGUACUGCAUGAAUAGAUACUUUAACUUUAGAAAUGUAAAUCUACACCAAAGGUUGACAAAUGAAUUAGAGAUUUUCUUGCCCUUGAAAUCUAAAAUUUGAGGGGAAGGGUGGUUUUGUUUGUCUGUCUGCAACUUUAACUUGGUCAUAACUUUGAACUAUACAAGAUAGAAAAUUUAUAUAUAAUGACUUGAAAGAUCAAGGUCAUGACUGUAAAGAUCAUGAAAACUCAAGGGUAUUCAAGAAUGUCGUAGUCAAUUUGCAAUACCCAUUCGGGGACAUAGUGUUUCACUAACACAUUUUUGACGUGUUUCUUGUAUUUAAAUGCAGCGAAAUACUCAUUAUUCUUAGUACUUUGAAUAGGUCGAAUUUUUGGAUAGUAGAUAUAGUCAUAAGUAACACCUGUGCAUAGUAGUUAGAAUAGGUAGAAAUUUGGUCAAUAUUUAUUACAAGAAAUAUCUAUAAAAGGAUUUGUAAAAAAAAUUCUGGGUGAAACCUGUUAUUCAAUUGUAACAGUCAUUUGAUUUAAUUACUCUCUCUCUCUCUCUCUCUCUCUCUCUCUCUCUCUCUCUCUCUCUCUCUCUCAUAAAACAUAUUCUGUAAAUUCAAGAUUGAUACUAGACUUGCUCAAGUCUCUAUGUUGGUUUUAUUACUUUAUCAUUUCGUCCAAAUACUGUAUUUCAGAAUUCUAAUUAUCUGCUCUCUACCAUACUUAAAUGUCACCAAACAUAGAUGUUUGGCAUUAUUAAAAAGUAUUAAAGAGAGCACUGAUUAUUAAACAUAGAGAAACAUAGCAAAUCUAGAUUGAUACAUACAUGUAUGUUACAUGUUUUGAUAUUAGGCCUACAGAAUAGACGAA